GGAUUUUUUUCCAUCUAUUAAUAACACUUCCUGAUGCAAAAAAAUCAUAUAAAUGUGUUUCCUGCUGUAAGUGUUUCAAGAGGGAGUCUGCCAAUUCAGAAGUGCUGAAGAAGAAACAAGUUUAAAAACAGCUCUGUAAAACAGAUUGACAAGGAAACUUGAAGCAGACCAUUCAGCUCAUCAAAGAUAAAAAAAUGCAUCAGUGGAGAAUUCUGGUAUUAAUCGUGGUGGCAGUGCAGGCAACCUUGUCUCUGGAUUCAUCCUUAGACUUGGAGUGGGAGCUGUGGAUGGAAAAACACAACAAACGAUAUAACAGCCAGGAUGAACAUUUGUCAAGAAGGAUGAUCUGGGAAAAGAAUCUGAGGUUCAUUACAAAUCACAAUCUAGAAUUCUCACUUGGAAUGCACACUUUUGAAGUUGGAAUGAACCACUUGGGAGACAUGACAAGUGAAGAGGUGGUUAAGAAGAUGACGGGGCUAAUUGUUCCACAAACUCCUCCCAACCUAAAUACAACAUAUUAUGUUCCAGAUCUGACUGAAACCCUGCCAGAUUCAAUUGACUACAGAAAAAAGGGUUAUGUCACUCCUGUCCGCAACCAGGGAUCAUGUGGUUCAUGUUGGGCAUUCAGUUCUGUUGGGGCUCUGGAAGGGCAGCUGAAGAGAAAGACUGGUAAACUUCGGAAUCUCAGUCCUCAGAACUUAGUUGACUGUGUUGAGACUAAUAACGGAUGUGGAGGUGGCUACAUGACCAAUGCAUUUGACUAUGUGAAGCAGAAUCGAGGGAUUGACUCAGAGGAGUCGUAUCCGUAUGUAGGGCAGGACCAAUCCUGCCAAUAUAACCCAAAAGGAAAAGCUGCCAAAUGCAGAAAAUAUGUCAACAUUACAGAAGGAAGUGAAAAAGAUCUGAAGCACGCUGUUGCCAAAGUUGGACCAGUCUCUGUAGGCAUUGAUGCUAGUUUGUCUUCAUUCCAGUUCUAUACCAAAGGUGUCUACUAUGAUAAAGACUGUAACAUUCAGAAUAUUGAUCAUGCUGUGCUUGCAGUUGGCUAUGGUACAGCAAAGGGCAGCAAAUACUGGAUUGUCAAAAACAGCUGGGGAGAGGAAUGGGGUGACAAGGGCUACAUCCUAAUGUCAAGAGAGAAAAAUAACAACUGUGGAAUUGCCAGCCUUGCCAGCUUCCCUCUAAUGUAAAAUGAAGAGGAAGACAAUACCUGACAUGUGGAGAUGAGUGAUGACAGAUACGGCAAGAGACUGUGUCUAAGAAAAAAACUGACAGAUCAUGACUGAUAUUACACUAUAAUUUUCCCUCUGCAUAUACAGAAAGGUUAAAUGUAUAUGUUACGGCUGUCUUGCACUGUUAUUUACAUUGUACCUGCUGAAACAGGAUUUAAAUAAAAACACACUUUACAUUAA